GACACGUUAGACUGUUUCCAUUGCGAAUGUACGGCUACCGGACUGCACUGCCAAGGAGUUGGGGUGAACGGCUGGAGUCUCAGCGGGCCCCCGGAGUGUACGGUGGUGGCUGAUGGGUGUAACCCUAUGUUUGUACUCCGGACCAAUAACAAAAUCGACUGCUUCACCCGCCGCCAUGUUGGACAGCUUCCUAAUGGCGAGAGAGGCUACACCGUACUAGGCCAUCGUGGAGCUAGGCCCCCUCGGAUGGAGAAGUACCGUGGGGUUAAGCAGGCUAAAAACAACCCCGCGAGCGGGGCAGUUUCCAUAGACGGGACUAGCGCGACAACCCCCGUAGCAAUGGAAAAGCCCGCCUCCUACCGGGCAGACGCCAGUGUGUUUCGGCCAGCAGUGCUGAGACCAGAAGACACGUUCUCCAACAGUCACAACCAGGAUUCUGUCCCGUCCUGGACAUUCUUGGCCAGCAGACUGACUCGGAAAUGGCCGGUGAAUAAGUCAUCUGCUUAUCGACAAACUCAAAUUUCAUCCUAUCCUUCCAAGUUCAAAACGGGUGAUAGAAAGAUGUCGAAAUCAGAAACCAUGGUUACGUCACAAAGGGACAGCAUAUCAGAACAAGCAGAUCCGAUUGCCGCAAUGAUUGCUGGAAAGUCUGCAAAUUACGUGGUUGAUAAAUCUAUCGGACUGAUGCCUGCAAGACAGUUAUUUUUGCCUCGUUCCAGUCCCUUAAUCAUGGCACGUGACACACUUAUUCCUAAUUCAGAUUUCCGGAAGUCGUGGAAGAAAAUGGUGUUAUAGCGUGCUCGAAAGUGUUGAUACGGGUCCUGUCGACGUGUUGUUUAUCUGCAAUUGGAUGAUAAGAAUGAUCACGUGAUUAGGUAUGUGAGCAAUAAACGUAGACUGAGAUUUCGACAUUGAUAAUGGCUUGCACUUUCAUUGCAGCCAGGAAAUAGUUAUCUAGUGCUAUUUGAACUAAUGAAGGGGAUAUGACGGACAAAGCCAGCAGCAGACAGCUAUACAAAGUCUAUAGCUGUAGCUGUACCAAAACAACAGAGCCAUUCCAACUGAACGGAGGUAUACCAACUUUAGCGUAACGAUUUAAUAUAGCUGUACCAACUCAAUUUAGGUAUACCAACACUAUGUACUUUUACAAAGCAAAUAUAUCUGAACGUAUCAUGUUGCUAUAACAGCUAGAUAUAAAUAUACCAAACCAACGUUGUUAAACGAGCCAAAUGAAUAGAGAAAAAAACAAGGUAUUUCGAAUCGGGCAGUGAUUACCCCCUCCUCCUCCUCCUCCUCCUCCUCGCGUACAUCAUUAUCCUUGUGGGGACAUUCUACUGUGCACACUAUUUUUCUCUAACGUAUUGCGAGGAGAUAGUUUCUGUAUCAUCUGACGUAUUGUGAGGAGAUAGUUUCUGUAUCAUCUGACGUAUUGUGAGGAGAUAGUUUCUGUAUCAUCUGAUGAUUCGUCAGUGUAAUAUCGUGUCAUUGUUUUUAUUUAUUUAUUAUGUUUUUACGUGGAACAAUCAUAUUGGUGAAUGUUAGUAUAUAUUAUGGAGAUUCUGUGAGAAUGCCUCGGAGUUAACAGAUUUGGUGAGAAUGAUUCUUAUGUGUAAAUAUUGCCUUACGUUCAGUGACGGUUAUUUCUAUCUGUAAAUAUUUUUUCAUAUUCAGCGCGAUUCCUGCUGUUUUCAUAAUCAAAACCUUUGUGUAGAUAAUGUUUGUGAAUAAUGUUUUAAUAUUCAGUGACAAAAUAAUUUAUAUAAAUUAUGUUUUAAUAUCAGUGACUAUUCUCACUUCUAAAUGUGUAUUAAUAUCAGUGACUAUUUUCACGUCUAAAUGUGUUUUAAUAUCAGUGACUAUUCUCACGUCUAAAUGUGUUUUGAUAUCAGUGACUAUUCUCACGUCAAAAUGUGUUUUAAUAUCAGUGACUAUUCUCACGGCUUAAUGUGUUUUGAUGUACAGUGACCAUUCCUACGUGUAAAUAUUUUGUUUGUGUUUUAUGGCGACUCCUCUGUGUAAAUAGUUCUAUGUAUUGUUUGAGGAUUAACCUGAUUUCAACAGUAUAUUCAGACGCGAUCUCAUCCUUCAGUCGCAUCAGUGUACAUCAAUGAAGCCAUACAUCAAUUCCAUCAACAGAGAUUUAUUUUUCUACGAUUUUAUCAGUGACACGAGUGUAAGAGUGGGUUGUGUUCUAAAACAGAACAAAAAUCAAUAAAAAA